UACGUAUGAGAGAUUAAAGAACUGUUAAAGUUCUUGUUCUUGUUGAUUUAUUCAGUAUUGUUGAAGGUCCUGUGGAUCGCAUACCGUCAGCCUCUCUCGUUCUUAUUGGAGUUCAUUCAGUGUGCUGGAGAUUUAAUCAAGAUCUAUUGAAGAUUUUUGUUCAUCUUUGCUUCGCCUGUAUUGCUGAUCAUGUGAAUCUUCAUAUAUCAGGUUGUGUUGUUUCGUUUAUAGUUGUAUUGUGUUGGUUAAUCAACUGAUUGUUAUCAGUUGAUUACAUACUUUGUUAACCAGUCUAGUAUGGCCUGGUUAUAGUUGAUCCUGUGUUGGAUCUUGUUGUUUGUUAUUUCUUUGUAUGAUCAACAGAUAUAUUAUCUGUUGAUCCCGUAUCUUGUACUUGAUUGAUAUAGAUCUUACUUAUGUAAGAUCUAGGGUUUGGGGGGAGUUUUUGGUUUGGGUUAAGUAAUAAAGUUUUCCGUCAUGUUUUUGUCGCUUCUUUUGUGUUUUAUGUUAUUCUUUGAGUUUGUAUUGGAUGUUCAUACCAUUUUUACAAUAAUCACAACACCUGCAAAAAAGCAAACACACUCUUCUCGAAUAUUAUUUCUUGCUGCGGAAACUGGUAAUACUAAAUUUGUAGUUGAGCUCAUCCGUCGAUAUCCUGAUCUUAUAUGGAAAGUAAAUGAUGACAAGCUAAGUAUAUUUCACAUUGCCGUCAAACAUCGCCAUGAAGGUAUCUACAACCUAUUAUAUGAGAUAGGCUCAAUGAAAGAUUUGAUUACUCCUCUUAAAGAUGAAAAGCAAAACAAUAUGUUGCAUUUCGUUGGGAAACAAGCAAAGCGAAAGCGACUCGAAGAUGUUUCAGGAGUUGCUUUACAAAUGCAACGAGAACUAUUAUGGUUUAAGGAAGUAGAGGGUAUGAUUCCUUCUUCUUAUAAGGAACGGAAGAACGAAGAUGGUUUAACACCAGAGGAGUUAUUUACAAAGGAACACAAACAAUUGGUGACGGAAGGCGAGAAGUGGAUGAAAGACACUGCUAGUCAAUGUAUGGUUGUUGCCGCGCUUAUUGCAACCAUAGUUUUUGCUGCAGCUUUUACAGUUCCCGGUGGAUACAACCAAGACAAUGGCGUCCCAAUCUUCCGUUCAAAAGCAACCUUUAUGGUGUUCGUUGUGGCAGAUGCCAUUUCCCUAUUUGCGUCAUCUGCUUCAAUUCUGAUGUUCCUUUCUAUCCUCACAUCUCGUUAUGCUCAACGUGAUUUUUUGGAAUCAUUACCAAAAAAACUCAUGUUAGGUCUUGCAACUCUUUUCCUCUCUAUAGUAACCAUGACAGUCGCUUUUAGUGUCAGCUUUUUUGUACUUUAUCAUAAGGGUCAGAUAUGGAUGCCAAUCCUUAUUGGUGCCAUUGCCGUGAUGCCGGUCUUGCUAUAUGUGGUGCUGCAAUUUGGCCUCUUUUUUGAUGUAAUUCGAUCCACUUACAUUUCUAGAUACCUAUUUAAGCCCAAAAAACAGGUUCUUUACUAUAAAAACCCCAAGUUCUAACCAUUAUCGGUUUUCAAUUGUAGUGUGCUUUUCAUGAUGUAAUUUUUAUAUUUCAUAUAGAGGAUCAUGUAUUUUUCUAAACAUGGAUUUGUAUUGUUAGCAUAGUUGUUGUUUUUUUCUUUUUGUCUA